CUUAGUUGUGCAAUUUCAAGAACUUUAUUAAACUCAAUAAUUUGCUUCCAUAGUAACCCGGUAAUAGUUCACUUCAGACAGCAGUUGUGAAGGCAUCAUUUUCCCCCGCUCCACAAGAGGGAGCCAGAGUUUUGAUAAACAAAAAUAGACACACACACACACGAGCACACACCAAAAAAAAAAAAAAAAACACCCACGUGGGCCGAACCGGACGACAAAAUGUGCUUCCUUCCGUAAAACCACGCCUCCACGUUUCCAUGCAUUGGCGCGCUUCCCCUCUGUGGCCGUGGCUCUCUGCUCCUCCCCGGGUGCUGGUGGUGGACUGACUCUGUAGCGGGCUGCGGGUGAAAACACAGCAGGCAUGAGUGCGCCGGGUAGUGCUCGGUCCGGUUCAGCCGCCGGCCAGGUCCAGCAGGGACUUAAAGAGGCUCUGAUCGAGACGUUGACGGCCAUCCUGUCGCCGGUGCAAGAAGUGCGCGCCGCCGCGGAGGAGCAGAUCAAAGUGUUGGAAGUGACAGAGGAGUUUGGCGUCCACCUGGCCGAACUCACAGUUGAUCCGCAGGGAGCGCUCGCAAUCCGUCAGUUAGCAUCAGUCAUCCUGAAGCAGUAUGUGGAGACUCACUGGUGUUCCCAGUCAGAGAAAUUCAGGCCUCCUGAAACUACGGAUCAGGCUAAAGCCGCCAUUAGGGAGCUGCUGCCAAGCGGUCUGCGGGAGGCCAUCAGCAAAGUCCGCUCCAGUGUUGCGUACGCCGUGUCAGCCAUCGCCCACUGGGACUGGCCUGAGGCCUGGCCGCAGCUCUUCACCCUGCUGAUGGAGAUGCUGGUCAGCGGAGAUGUCAAUGCUGUGCACGGGGCCAUGAGGGUCCUCACAGAGUUUACUCGGGAGGUGACAGAUACACAGAUGCCGCUGGUGGCUCCGGUCAUCUUACCUGAAAUGUACAAGAUCUUCACCAUGGCCGAGGUGUACAGUAUUCGUACUCGAUCCAGAGCAGUGGAGAUAUUCACCACCUGUGCCAACCUUAUCUGUGCUAUUGAAGAGCUUGAGAAGGGUGCAGCCAAAGCAUUGAUCUUCCCUGUGGUGCAGCAGUUCACAGAAGCGUUUGUGCAGGCUCUGCAGAUGCCUGAUGGACCCUCGUCUGACAGCGGUCUCAAGAUGGAAGUCCUCAAGGGAGUAACAGCAUUGGUGAAGAACUUCCCUAAACCCAUGGUCUCCUCCAUGCAGCAGAUAUUACCCAUUGUAUGGAAUACACUGACUGAAAGUGCAGCUUUUUAUGUGCGAACAGAAGUCAACUACACGGAGGAAGUGGAUGACCCUGUAGACUCAGAUGGUGAGGUUUUGGGUUUUGAGAAUCUGGUGUUCAGCAUCUUUGAGUUUGUCCACACGCUGCUGGAGAACAACAAGUUCAAGAGCACAGUGAAGAAAGCCCUGCCUGAACUCAUCUACUACAUCAUCCUGUACAUGCAGAUCACAGAGGACCAGAUCAAAGUGUGGACAGCUAACCCCCAGCAGUUUGUAGAGGAUGAGGAUGAUGACACCUUCUCCUACUCUGUCAGGAUCUCUGCUCAGGACCUGCUGCUGGCUGUUGCUGCAGAGUUUCAGAAUGAGAGUGCAGCAGCACUGGCAGCAGCAGCGACCAGACACCUCCAGGAGGCAGAGCAGGCCAAAAACAGUGGCAAUGAGCACUGGUGGAAGAUCCAUGAGGCCUGCAUGUUGGCCCUCGGCUCUGUCAAAACCAUUAUCACGGAGAACGUGAAGAACGGUCGUAUCCAGUUUGACAUGCAUGGUUUCCUGGCCAGUGUCAUCCUCGCUGAUCUCAACUUGCCAGCGGUGUCUCCGUUCCUCCUCGGCCGAGCUCUGUGGGCGGCCAGUCGCUUCACAGCAGCCAUGUCUCCCGAGCUCAUCCAGCAGUUCCUCCAGGCCACCGUCAGCGGCCUCCACGACAGCCAGCCGCCCUCCGUCCGCAUCUCCGCGGUCAGGGCCAUCUGGGGGUACUGUGAUCAGCUGAAGCUGUCAGAAAGCACCCACGUCCUUCAGCCUUUCCUCCCCAGCAUCCUCGAGGGACUCGUCCAACUGGCUGCCCAGUUUAGCUCAGAGGUGCUCACCCUCGUCAUGGAGACUCUGUGCAUCGUCUGCACGGUCGAUCCGGCCUUCACCACCAGUGCCGAGAACAAGAUCUGCCCCCUCACCAUUGCUAUUUUCCUUAAAUAUAACAAUGACCCUGUGGUGGCGUCCCUGGCUCAGGACAUCUUUAAGGAACUGGCACAGAUUGAAGGCUGCCAGGGCCCCAUGCAAAUGCGUCUCAUCCCCACGCUGGUCAGCAUCAUGCAGGCUCCCCACGACAAGAUUCCCUCUGGACUCUGUGCUACGUCUAUAGACAUCCUGACCACAGUUGUCCGAAACACCAAACCCCCUCUCUCAGAGAUGCUGGUGUGCCAGGCUUUCCCUGUGGUGGCACAGUGCACCUUACGCACUGAUGACAACACGAUAAUGCAGAACGGUGGCGAGUGUCUGCGGGCAUACGUCUCUGUUGCCCUUGAGCAGAUCGCUCAGUGGAGGGACGAGCAAGGGAACAGCGGCCUCUGGUACGUCAUGCAGGUGGUCAACCAGCUGCUGGACCCCCGGACCUCAGAGUUCACGGCUGCCUUCGUGGGCAGGUUGGUGUCUACUCUGAUCUCUCGGGCAGGAACCGAACUAGGGGAACAACUGGACCAGAUCCUCCGAGCGAUUCUGAGCAAGAUGCAGCAAGCUGAGACUCUGAGUGUCAUGCAGUCUCUGAUCAUGGUGUUUGCCCACCUGGUUCACUCCCAGCUGGAGCCUCUGUUGGAGUUCUUGUGCAGUCUGCCCGGCCCAACGGGGAAACCUGCCCUGGAGUUCGUCAUGACAGAGUGGAUGAGCAGGCAGCACCUCUUCUAUGGACAGUACGAGGGUAAAGUCAGCACGGUGGCUCUCUGUAAGCUGCUGCAGCACGGUCUCAACACUGAUGACAAACGUCUCCAGGACAUUGUGGUGAAGGGAGAAGAGAUCUACAGCCCUGAAGACGGCAUCCGCACACGCUCCAAAUCUGCCAAGAAUCCAGAGCGGUGGACCAACAUUCCUUUGCUAGUGAAGAUCUUUAAAUUGAUCAUCAAUGAGCUGUCGACAGUAGUGGAGGCAAACACCAGCAGGGCAAGCGCAGCAGACUGGAGCCAAGAUUCCACCGGUAUGUGGGAGGACCAUGAGGAGGAAGAGAGGGAGGAUGAUGAGGAGGAGGAUGAAGGGCUUGCAGGGCAGCUGCUUUCUGACCUCAUCGCUUCCAACAAAUACGAUGACGAUUAUUACGAGGAUGAUGAGGAGGAUGAUCCAGAUGCCUUGAAAGACCCCAUAUAUCAGAUCGAUCUGCAGGCUUAUCUGACAGACUUCCUGACACAGUUCGCCCAGCAGCCAUGUUACAGCAUGUUCUCAGGCCACCUCAACACCGCCGAGAGACAAACCCUGCAGUCUAUAGGCCUCUAGCCCCGCCAUCUGCUGCUCCAACACUUCUUCUUCCAUCGACAACGCCCUAAAACUCUCCUAUUGCCCCGUCACUUAUGCUCUCGUGAAGAAUAUUUACAACAUAGCAAAGAAAAAGGAGAGAAAAACUUGGGAUGGUGGGCCUGGCAGUGGAAGGGCACGGGGUUAAAAGAGAUGGAUGUGCACUUACCCAUAAGUCCCCUGUUUCUGCAUACUUGUGAUGAGAUGAAGGACUUUGCAGAUGUUAAACUGAGGAAGAUGAAGAGGUGAGAGACUGCCCAGGUCUGUUCCUGAAGGUCAGAGGACUUACCAUUUUAGAGUAAUGUCAGACUGAACAAGAGGAUUGAAUAAAAAGGUCGAGGCUUCACUGUGGGACAGGUGAACCAUGAAAUAUGAACGGACUAUUUUGCCAUGUCCUUUUUGUAACUUAGCCCGUUAUUUUUGUGUUUCUGUAUAAACAGAGUAAAAUACAUUUCCAAAAGACUUUACAUUGAUUGAAGGAAAGUCCAAAAAACAAACUUCCUGAUCUUUUGGAGAAUGAGAGAAACAUUUGGCUGCCUUAUAUUCUAGAAAACGUCGACUGUUUCUGACAGGAAAUGAAAAGCUCUUUGGCCGGCUGUCAUGUCUCUGGGUACGGUGGGUAUUUUGGAAGUCACACUGUUGCCAUGGUGAUUCACAGCCUUGUCAUUUCCUUGUACCCACUGAAAUUUGGGAUGGAAAAAUUUCUAAAUAAAAGUCCCGAAAGGACAAUGUUUCCAGAUUGA